AUGGCCACGGGACCCGGACAAGGUAGCUCAUCCGCGGAAGCUGACUUGCCGUACUCAAGGGCCACGUUCGUCGACGAGCCUGCCAUUCCUAACUACCAGACCCUACACGAGAAGACUCCUGCCGUUCAAGAAAUCAGAAAUCUCUACCGGAGUAAUAAGUGGGGGUUUACACACUGGCAUCUGGCUUUAUUCUAUCUGUUUUCGAAAGAGGUUCUUGCAGAGUUGAAAUCAAAUCCUCAAGCUGCUCGGGAGUGCGGUGAUGCGGCUGAGCUCUUUGGCACUUUUCUUACCUCAGGACGUAUUCCUAUUUCGUACGAACUCCCAGCCAACCCGGCUCCUCCUGCCGUACAUAAGCGAAAUAGAUUUCGAUCCCACUUUGGGAAAGGCGACGGUCUACAGUGCGUUGUGACACGCAGAGCAGUGGCCGUGGAUCAAACCCACAUAGUGCCAUUUUCCGUCAACUCAACCACACAAAACAUUGCCUACGUGCCUCCCGUCCUGAUCAUUGCGGAGCGUCUACUAGGGUCGUCGUUCACAGGGCACAUCGAGGAAGUGAUGACAACUUGUGGCGGGACAGACAAGAUCUGGAAUAUUCUUCCCUUGACACCUUAUUUGCACCGACUGUGGGAUGCUUAUGGUCUUGUUGGUUUCAAGCCCUGUUACAUUUAUGCUGAGCUAGCCAAGUCCGGUCAAGUUGCCUACAUUGCCACAUUUACAUUCCACUGGCUGCUGGAGAACGGCAUACAAUCGCUCGUUAUUCCGGAACAACUGUCAGCGGAUAUCUGCCUUCUGAUGGUUGAGGAGUCGGAAAGCUUUAGCGAAAUCAAGGACAACAUCUUCGAAUCGGUGUAUACCCGGGGUAGACAACCUGAUGGUUUGACGCGGCUGAAAGAUGGACAUGUCUGCCGAGUUGCGUUCUCCCGUCGGCACGAGGCAGAGUCCAUGAUGAGAAUGCUAGAUCUUCGUUGGUAUGCCUCGCGUCUCAGGUGUCUGGCCGGGGGAGCUGGGAUAGACCUUUUCGAGCCCUAUGACAGUGACGACAGCGACUCCGACUAUUUCGUUAGGACGACAGAGCCUUGGCGCAUCUGGGAUUCUAGUGACGGAGCAGCCUAG